CUAGCUAAACAUGUUUAACGAAGGGCGGUGUUUCAUCAAGUCGUGUAAGCAAUGCGGAUUCAUGAAUGUUUGCCCAAAAGGUUGACGAGUAAAAGUUAAGGUCAUUCUUAGCAUUAUAAUGGGAUAUUAUAGGUGUGAAUGGCCAUUUGAUUUCAGAAAGAGAUUUAAUUUUCUGCAGAAAAUAUAUAUUUCUAAAUAAUUGACCAGAUAAAGGGCGCCCCAAACUUGCGAGGGUCAGGACAAUAUUUAUCGUACGCAGUCUUACCCUUACUUUGCAAAGAGACUGUUUCCAUGACUCGAACAUGUGACAUUUCAGGUACAAAAGAGCAACAUUUCUGUUGCGCCAAGACUCGCUCAAAAUCGAACAGAUAAAACCCUUAUAAUAUUAGAUUUACGAUUAAUAUCAAUUAUUAAACAAAAUAUUAGGUGACUUCUUAUUAAAUAAUGAAUUGUUCAAAAGUAUAAAACUAUGGUGGUUGUUCACAAAAAGAUUAUGAAUCAUGUCAAAAGCUCAGAAGCUCCUUCUCUCUCUCUUUAUCCGAAAACAAGGAUGAAGCUUUUGCAAUGAAGGACAGAAAAGCUAACAUAGUAGCUUCAUCGUCGAUCAUCGCGCUCGUUGUUUUUAUACUCGUUGCGCGAAUCACUCUCAAACUUUCGCCAACUUUCUUCCUCAUUUGCGGGGCAGGUGUUGCUGUGAUCCUUGCUGUGUUUGUAUGGCUAGCGAUCAGACACCAUUACAAUUGCCGGAGAAAGCUCUUGGAAUCAAAAUACGCGUCAGAAGGAAAGGAACUUCGCAUGGAGUAUAGUUUUCUUCGAAAAGUUGCGGGGGUUCCCACGAAGUUUAGGUACAAGGAGAUAGAGGAUGCAACAGAUCAUUUCAAGGCAUUGCUUGGGAAAGGGGCUUCAGCUUCUGUUUACAAAGGGAUCCUAAGUGAUGGGACUCAAGUGGCAGUGAAAAAGCUCGAUGUAGAGGAGCGCGGCGAGAGGGAGUUCAGGUCAGAAGUUGCGGCGAUUACAAGCCUGCAACAUAUCAAUCUUGUGCGCCUUCUCGGGUAUUGUUGUGUUCCUGCAGGACCACGAUUCUUGGUUUAUGAUUUCAUCCCAAAUGGAUCGUUGGAUUCUUGGAUUUUCUCUCAGAAGGGAAGGCCUAAUCGACGUGGGGGGUGCUUGCCUUGGGACACAAGGUACAGGGUUGCAGUUGACGUUGCUAGAGCGCUUUCUUACCUGCAUCGUGAUUGCAGGUCAAGGAUUUUGCACCUUGAUGUGAAGCCAGAGAACAUCCUUUUGGACGAGAAUUACAGAGCAAUUGUCGCGGAUUUUGGCCUUUCGAAGUUAAUGGGAAAAGACGAGAGUAGAAUCAUGAUCACGAUUCGGGGGACCAGGGGCUACUUGGCUCCUGAGUGGCUCUUGGAGCAUGGAAUUUCCGAAAAAACAGAUGUGUACAGUUACGGAAUGGUGCUUCUUGAGAUGAUCGGAGGGCGGAGAAACAUUAGCUUCGUCGAAAAGGGCAAUGCCACCAACAAGUCCCAGAGGAAAGGGGAGUAUUUUCCCAAAAUUGUGAUCGAGAAAAUGGGAGAAGGUAAGCUUAUGGAAGUUGUUGAUCAAAGGCUGAUCGAAAGUGGACGCGUUGACGAAAGGGAGGUAAAAAAACUUGUUCAUAUAGCUCUAUGGUGCGUACAAGAGAGGGCUAGGCUUAGGCCUACCAUGUCACAUGUGGUGGAGAUGCUUGAGGGCCGGACGCCCGUGGAGGAGCCUCCCGACACCCAAAUGGUGGUUGUUGAUUUUUUGGCGAUGGACGACGAGACGAAUGACGGCAACAAGAGGGCAAAGAUUGGUAGUGCAGCCUUGGCAACACAAGAAGUAGAGAGCAAUGAUGCAUCCACAUCAACAUGUUCAUAUGGAAAUGCAAUGUCCAUGAUAGCCCCAAGAUAGACCCAUGAACAUGAUUGAUUGGUUGCUUCUUAAUUUGUGGAUAUUCAAAUUCAUAUCUCAUCCCUUCAUGAAUAAUAUUUAUUGUAUUGUCCUUUGAAAUCCUUUGAAAAUUAUUGUGACAUGUAAC